UUCAAGAACAGUAAACAUACAUCGACAUUCAAUUCAAUGUGAUCUUUUCAUUAGCAACAGUAACUUGUUCGAUAAAUUUGUUUUAAUUUUAUUUAACAUUUUUAAGAAUCAUGGUCACCUUCAAUGCCAGUGGGUUGAUGCCGCCUGUCUUUACUCCUCUAAACGACGAUCUAAGUAUCAACUAUGAUAUAAUUCCUACGUAUGCUAAAUAUUUCGCUGACAGAGGGAUUAAAUCCGUACUUGUGGGAGGCACGACAGGGGAGAAUAUGUGUUUCUCCGUGGCAGAUAGGAAGAAAAUAGCAGACGUAUGGGUGGAAAACGGCAGAAAAUACGGACUUCACAUUAUGGUACAAGUUGGGGGCGCUCCGAUGUCUGAUGUUUUGGAGUUGGCAAAAUAUUGCUCAAAAGUAGGAGUAAACUCACUGCUUACUCUACCUGAGUUGUACUUCAAGCCACAGUCGGUAUCCGAACUGGUUGCCUACGUAAAGAACGUCGCAAACGCAGCUCCCAACCUACCAGUGUUAUAUUACCAUAUACCAAGCAUGAGUAAAGUUGAAAUAAAUAUGCCAUCAUUCGUCACUGAAGCGACUCGAAACAUUCCCAACUUCAAGGGGAUCAAGUUCACAUCGAACGACUUGAGUGAGUGCGCACAAGUUCUGCGAGCGUUGAAGAAAGACCAGGAGCUGUUCCUUGGAGCUGACACGUUGCUGGCACCUGCAGCGGUGAUGGGCGUGAGAUCCAGUAUAGGAACUACGUAUAACAUCUUCCCCGCGCUGGCUCAAGAUAUACUGAACGCUAUCGCCAAGAAGGACAUUGAGCAAGCCAGAGUUCUACAAGAGAAAUUGAGUUUGGCGGUAGAGGCACACACUGUUGAAGGUGCAUGGGUUCCCAUAAUGAAGGCCGGAAUGGAAAUAGUGACUGGAAUCAAGAUGGGACCCCCGGCGUUGCCUCAAAAGCCGCUCUCCGAAGAAGCUAAGAAACGUAUUGCUGACAAACUUAGAACUUUGAAAUUAAUUAAAUGAUUUACUACGUCACAUAUGUAUUUGUUUAUUUUUGUCUAAAAUUGAUAAUGUUUACUUGAAUAAAUGUUUUGUUAAAGUUU